AUGGCCCCGCCAUUCCCUCGCUCGAGUAUCGAACUCGAUUACCCUCUCUAUGCCGUCGACUUCGACCCUGAAGAUUCAACCCGGGUGGUCGUAGGUGGAGGAGGUGGUGCCGGUCGCUCUGGUGUUGGAAACAAGAUUUCUGUCCUCGAGACAGUUUCUCAGACAGAGCUCCGUACAGCUGGAGAGAUCAACCUUUCUCGCGACGAAGACAGCGUUAUGUCCCUUGCGGUCGGUCCUCACAAAGGCAAGACUACAUAUAUCUAUGCCGGCGUCAACUCCAGCCCAGAUAGCAUCGCAAAGGGCACGAACGAACAUCUCCGAACCCUCAGUAUCGACCCUUCGAAGUUGCGCACUGCUGUUGGAGCCAAGACUCCCGAUUCCAACAUCACAGAGGUCGCUCGUACAUCUCUUUUCAAGAACCCUGACAUCGAUACAUAUCAACGAUUAUUGCGCGUUGUGGGAACGACCGGCGCUGCGGCCACAGCGAUGGGAAAGGAGCCUCAAUUAGCAAUCUUCGACGUCGCAGGCGCUCAAGCCAAGAUUCGAGGCAUUCUGGAACUGGAAAAAGAGGCUGAGGACCUGGAUAUUGUGCAGACAGGAGAGAGCGAAUUCCAGGUCGCAUAUUGCUCCAAGUACGAGCUGUAUCUCGUCAACGUUAGCGCCAAGGAAACCAGCGAACCGAAGCUGGUAUAUGUCAUGCCCGAGGAUCAUGGCGAGCGACCUAUGUUUCGAGCAAUUCGAUACUUGAGUCCCAACUUCCUUGUAGCUGCGGCCAACUUGCCUAAGCGAAGUGGUGUGGUGAUACAAGCAUACAGAUUGCCCAAGGGAAACCAGACAGAUGCGCGCUUGUCCAUCAACGCCAGGAUACCAAGGAAGAUCUCUGCAACUGCGCUGGCUGUUGCCAAUCUAUCGCCUCCAGCUUCGCCCCUAGGCUCUAUUGGCGACACGCAGUUCAUCAUUGCUAUUGCAGGUCACGACUCGUCUAUUUCUCUCUACACACUUGACCACAAUACUGGUGCCACUGUUGAGAUACUCUCCAAACUAUGGCACCUAUAUACACUUAAAGAUGUUCAUGGAACCGACAACAUUACCGGAGUUUCUUUCUCACACUUUGAGACGCCAAAGAAUAACCUUCGCCAGCAGUUCAUCAAACUUGCUAGCACAUCUCUCCAAAAGACUGUUGCUGUUCACAGCAUUCCUCUAGAGAGGCAAGUCGACAAAGCUCCACGCAACAAGAAGGGCCCUCCACGUCCUGUUCGCUAUGUCACAGCUAUGAAGUCUCGUGGUAUCUCUUCUCGUGGUCUUGGUAUCACAAUGGCCAUCUUUGCGCUCAUCAUGGCCCUUGUUGCGCAGUCCAUUCUCGAACUUUAUGGUACGAACCGCCCUAUCCUUGGCGUACAGAAGCUGUUCCCCCCGCGUCACGGCACUCUGCGUACCCCUACCCACCCACCUGUUGCGUUCCUCGCCGACGAGUUUCUUGCUAAGCUUGCUGGCCGGGAUAUCGUCAAGACUGCCACUGGUGAAACUCUCGUGUUGUACGAGGGCGAAGCACCCCCUGCAACAGCUGGAGCAGAUAGUCAGGCCCCAGGUCUCAAGGUCGAUGUUCAUGAACCUUCAGUUCAUGGCCCUGGCAUGACCUGGGAGGAAUUGGGCGAGGAGCAGAAGGCUGCAUGGAAGGCUCGUCUUAAGCAGACCGGCGCUUGGACACAGGCCAUGGGCGAAAAUGUCUUCAGAGGUAUUUUGUUUGGCGAGAUUGCCGGUGCUGUUGGCCGAGCUGUUGCCGGUUGA